CCGUCUUUACUUCUUGAAUGGCUUUUGUUGCAGGCGAAGAUCAAAAUAGUAGGGAGAAGGUGGUGGUGACAGAAGCCCCAGAUGAAGGGAUGUGCUCUUUGAGACCCCACAAAGGCAGCUACCUCAUUGGGAUUUAUGAUAAGCCUCUUUCAUUCUGCGGGUGUGGAAUUGGAUGGUUCUUCUUUGUUUUUGGAUUCGUCUUCCCGCCCCUUUGGUACUAUGCUACAGUUCUGUACGUCAGGAAUCAAUCCCUCAAGGACCCAAGAGAACGAGCCGGCCUUGCUGCAUCUGCCAUUGCUGCUUUAAUAUGUUCAGUGGUGGUCUUGGCUGUCCUAUUUGCUGUAUACUACCCUCUGUUGAGGAACAGUUAGCAUUGGCUCAAGCAAGAAUGUAGAUGUA